UUUGGCGGUUCGGAAGCAAUUAUAACGGCACUCAGUGACGAGUUUCCAAUAAUCGGCAACAAUCGUGAAAUUUUUGUUGCAUGCUUAUUCACUCUGUACUUUUUGGUUGGAUUAGCCUCCUGCUCCCAGGGUGGAUUUUACUUUUUCCAUUUGUUGGAUCGGUACGCAGCCGGAUAUUCGAUGCUGUUUGCCGUUUUAGCAGAAACAAUUGCAAUCAGUUGGAUAUAUGGAACGGAUCGGUUUUGCGCUGAUAUCAAAGACAUGAUCGGCUUUUCUCCUGGUAUCUACUGGCGAGUAUGCUGGAAAAUUUUAGCACCGUUAUUUCUUAUGGGAAGAGGUCGACGACAAAGCCCGCGCCGGAUGGUCUAUCACGAGUUUGUACCACCUAGUACAACUGUGAACGAUAAAUUUUAUGUCGGAGUGCUGAAGAGACUGAAAUGCAGAGUUCAAUGCGUCCGGCCGGACAUCGCAAAGGACUGGAAGUUGCAUCACGACAAUGCGCUGGCCCACAGCUCCUUCCUCGUCACCAACUACCUGACCAAAGCAGGGGUGCCAACGAUUCCCCAGCCUCCGUACAGUCCGGACGUCGUUCCCCCCGACUUCUUUCUGUUUUCACAUCUGAAAGGACCCAUGAAAGGAAAGCAUUUCGGGACCAUUGAGGGGAUCCAAGCAUCUUGCACCGCGGCUUUAAAGGACAAUCCGGACGAGGCUUACCGUGGCGCAUUCGAUGCCUGGAAAACUCGCUGGAGCUGA